GUCGUAUUCCCAGGUCAAAGCAAAGAUGUUGGUUGGAAAAAAUGGUAUAGACUUGGUUCAAGGAAAAGGAAGGAGUCUACUCAACUAGUCAGAACUCAUAACGAGAAAAUAAAACAAACAAAAUUUGGGUUCCUAACCAUUCCAUUCAAUUCAAUUCAAUUCUGCAAAAGUAAUCUUUCUUUUCCGGAUCCCUGAAAUGCUAUUUCUGUCUCAAUUUUAGUUUCUCAGGAAAGCAGCCUCUCAAUUUCCAUGGCUCCACCCAGGUGCAGGCAUUUGAAAUUGGAUUAAAAGGGGUAUGGAAGAAUUCCCUAAUCACAUUUGAGGAAAAUUCCUAAAACCUUUCGGUCAAAACUAGCUGGGGUUAUCUUUUAAUGGGAAAAGAAGGGACUUCAUUCCUUAGCCUAACUUUGUCAAAAGAUGAUGGUUCUGGAUGCAUUGAAUUCUGGUCCUACUGCAGAAGCCAUUUCUCAAAUUAUAGAUACCAUCGCUGAGUUUCUAUAUUAUGCUAGUGAUGUUCUUGUGAAGAAGGAUAGUUUUAAGGAACUUUCAGCUUACUUGGAAAAAAUUUCACCCAUUUUAAAAGCAUUGAAGAAAGGAAAAGUCAGCGAUUCUGGGAAAUUCAACCAUGCCAUUGAGAUUCUGAGUCGUGAAGUUAGAGAUGCAAAGCAACUGGCUGAAGAAUGCAGCAAGAAGAACAAGGUAUAUCUCCUAAUGAACUGCAGAACCAUUAUCAAGCGCCUCCAAAAUAUCACUAGUGAGAUUAGCAGGGUAAUUGGUCUUCUUCCUUUGGCCACACAAGGCCUUUCUAAUGGAAUAAUUGAAGAAAUUACAAAGCUAUGUGAGAAUAUGCAGGCAGCUGAGUUUAAGGCAGCCAUAGCAGAAGAAGAGAUUUUAGAGAAAAUUGAGUCAGGGAUACAGGAAAAGAAUGUAGAUCGCUCCUAUGCAAAUGCUUUGUUGGUUCUCAUUGCAGAUUCUGUUGGGAUUACAAAUGAGAAAUCAACAAUGAAGAAGGAACUUGACGAGUUCAAGAGUGAAAUCGAAAAUGCCAGGCUAAGGAAGGACCUAGCUGAGGCCAUACAAAUGGAUCAGAUCAUUGCUUUGUUAGAAAGAGCUGAUGCAGCUUCAUCACCUAGGGAAAAGGAACGCAAGUACUUUGACAAACGCAGAUCUUUGGGAAGCCAACCCUUGGAACCAUUACAGUCUUUUUAUUGCCCCAUUACCCGGGAUGUCAUGGUUGAUCCUGUGGAAACUUCAUCAGGUCAAACAUUUGAGAGAAGUGCAAUUGAGAAGUGGUUUGCAGAUGGAAACAAAUUGUGUCCUCUAACCAUGGUUCCUUUAGACACAUCAGUUUUGAGACCCAACAAAACCUUGAAACAAUCAAUAGAAGAAUGGAAAGAUAGAAAUACAAUGAUUACAAUUGCUUCAAUGACUGAAAAAAUCCAAUCAGGAGAUGAUGAGGAAGUACUGCAUUGUUUACAGAAGCUUCAUGACUUGUGCGAACAAAAGGGCCAGCACAGAGAAUGGGUGCUACUGGAGAAUUACAUUCCAGUUCUUAUCCGAUUACUCAAUGCUAAAAACCGUGAUGUCAGGAAUAAUGCCCUUGUCAUCCUUUGCUUGCUGGCAAAGGAUAGUGAAGAUGCUAAGGAAAGAAUUGCUAAAGUUGAUAAUGCAAUUGAGUCUAUCGUGCAUUCUCUUGGUCGUCGUUUGGGGGAAAGGAAGUUAGCAGUGGCAUUACUUCUAGAACUAUCCAAAUAUGAUUUACUGAGAGAACGUAUUGGAAAAGUUCAAGGUUGCAUACUGUUAUUGGUGACUAUGUCCAGCAGUGAUGACAAUCAAUCUGCUAGAGAUGCAACAGAGCUGUUGGAAAAACUUUCAUAUUCUGACCAGAAUGUUAUACAGAUGGCAAAAGCCAAUUAUUUCAAGCAGUUACUGCAGCGUCUCUCCACAGGGUCAGACGAGGUGAAGAUGUUGAUGGCCACGACUUUAGCGGAAAUGGAGUUAACUGACCAUAAUAAGGAGUCCUUGUUUGAAAGUGGUAUACUUGCUCCUCUUCUUCACUUGGUCUCACAUAAUGAUGUUCAGAUGAAAAUAGUGGCCCUUAAAGCUCUUCAGAAUCUAUCUAGUUUAAAGAAAAAUGGACUGGAAAUGAUUCGACAAGGUGCAACACGUCCGCUACUUAACAUUCUUUUCCAGCAUAGCAUUCCAUCUUCAAGUUUGUGGGAACAUGUAGCGCCAAUAAUUAUGCAGCUUGCUGCAUCGACGAUGUCACAAGAUGCACAGACACCAGUUUCAUUGCUAGAAUAUGAUGAGGAUGUUUUUAACCUUUUCUCUCUAAUUACUUAUAACGUGCCUGAUGUGCGGCAAUACACUAUCCAGACUUUUUAUGCCCUGUGCCAAUCGCCCUCAGCUUCUUAUAUUAGAACCAAGCUAAGAGAGUGCACAGCUGUCCAAGUACUGGUUAAGUUGUUUGAGACUGAAAACCAAAAACUACGAGGAAGUGCGGUAAAGCUUUUCUCUUGCCUUGUAGAAGGUUGUGAUGAAGCCAUCAUACUAGAGAAUGUGAAUGAGAAGUGCAUUGAGACUUUGGCCAGAAUCCUGAAAUCAUCUUCUGAUGAAGAAGAAAUAGUUUCUACUAUGGGAAUAAUUUGCAGUUUGCCGGAAAAUCACCAGAUCACUCAGUGGCUUUUGGAUGCUGGUGCCCUGGUGACUAUUUAUAACUAUAUCCAAGAAGGGAAGGACAAAGAUCUUCAAAGAAGCAAGCUGGUAGAGACUUCUGUUAGUGCCCUAUGUCGAUUUACAGUGCCAACAAACUUGGAUUGGCAAAAGAGAGCAGCAGAGAUUGGGAUUAUAACUAUUCUAGUGCAGUUGCUUGAAAGUGGAACCAUGUUAACAAAACAACAAGCAGCAUUGUCUCUUGCUCAGUUUUCUAAAAGUUCACAGGGGCUGAGCAGGCCAUUGCCGAAGCGCAAGGGACUCUGGUGCUUCUCAUCCUCGGCGGCUGAAAGUGGAUGCUUAGUACAUGGGGGCCUGUGCACUGUCAAAACCUCAUUUUGCCUUUUGGAGGCUGAUGCAGUAGUACCACUAACAAAGGUUCUUGGGGAAUCUGAUCCGGGAGCUUGCGAAGCUUCAUUAGAUGCUCUAUUAACUUUAAUUGAAGGUGAAAGACUACACAGUGGUAGUAGAGUGCUUGCAGAUGCAAAUGCCAUACCACUUAUAAUCAGAUUCCUUGGUUCCCCUUCUCCUGGAUUGCAGGACAAGUCUCUGCAUGCUCUGGAAAGGAUUUUUAGGCUAGUGGAGUAUAAACAACAGUAUGGACCCUCAGCUCAAAUGCCUCUAGUUGACUUGACUCAACGCGGUAAUGGUAGCAUAAGAUCCAUGGCAGCUAGAAUAUUAGCACAUUUGAAUGUCCUGCAUGAUCAAUCUUCAUAUUUCUAAAAAAAUGGUGAUUCAGAUUCUUGUGUUGAGGAGCAAAGUUAGCUAAACCAUGAAGUAUAACCUUCCCUUGAUAACAUCAUUGUUUGCAAACUACAAGCUUGGACACGAAGGAUGACUCUUUUUGCUGUCAAAAUUGCUUUCAUCUGUGCAAUAUUCUCAUGGAGAAUCACAUUGAUGUGGACAAGGUUUGCACUUUGCAGCAUUCUAUUAGGCUAUAUCCUCAUGGGGAAUCACAUUGAUCAUGAACCACAGGUGAAGUGUGUCCUCAUCCAAUUUGGACUGUUAGUCCACCAACACCACCAUUGGACAUGAAGGAAUAUGUUUGAGGCCUAUAUUAAACGCCUCAAAUAUAGCUUCUAAGUUUGAGGAUCCACUGGAUGGUUUUGUUACUUGUGUAAAAUAUGUAUUAAAAAAAAGUUUCCCUUUCUCAAGGAGUUGUAUUCUUUGUUCAUUGGUAUUGGAACUCAUUUGUGAUUCGUCUUA